GUAUCAGCUGUCACUAUUGUUUCCUGUUAUCAUCUGUCGAAUGCUCGCUGUUUGGGAUGGGGGGGAAUCCUGAGCACGGUGACGUCAGAGCUACGUCAGCGCGGCGCUGUGUUUCCAUGCUGCUCAGGUAAUAGAGUGGCGGCCAUAUUCGCAUCUCUAGGAAGAAAAAAAAAAAGCGCUGGGCUUUUUAGCCGAGCAGGGAUUAAGCCAGUCCGACAGACCCCUUCGCCGGCGCCGGUUUGCCGUCUGGCCCCCUCUCCCAGAGCACCGGGCGGAAGACUGCAAGGCGGGCGAGAGUGGUCCUUUUCGCUCCAGCGACGAAGAAGGAGGGGGAUACACCCGGGCGGGCAGCGCCAGCAAUGCUCUCUGAGACACGGCGCUAGGGUGACUUACGAUGCCUUUCGCCCAGCCGCAGGAUUCCUGGCACAAAAUGGAGGUGCACAGCGUUUGUAGCGAGGUCAAUGGGCAUCAGAUCAUGGAUGAGCCGAUGGAAGAAGGAGAAUCCAUCUCCCACUGUGACGAGGGCACCAUUAAGGAGAUCCCCAUCACUCAUCACGUGAAAGAGGGGUGUGAGAAGGCGGACCCCUCUCAGUUCGAGCUGCUCAAGGUUCUCGGCCAGGGCUCCUUUGGAAAGGUGUUUCUGGUCAGGAAGAUUUUGGGGCCCGACACCGGGCAGCUCUACGCCAUGAAAGUGCUGAAGAAAGCGUCUUUGAAAGUGAGGGAUCGUGUUCGCACGAAAAUGGAACGGGACAUACUGGUGGAAGUGAAUCACCCUUUUAUAGUCAAAUUGCACUAUGCCUUUCAGACAGAAGGGAAACUCUAUUUAAUAUUGGAUUUUCUCAGGGGCGGAGAUGUGUUUACUCGCUUAUCCAAAGAGGUUAUGUUUACAGAGGAGGAUGUGAAAUUCUACCUUGCAGAGCUGGCUCUUGCCCUGGACCACCUUCACAACCUAGGCAUUGUUUACAGAGACCUGAAGCCUGAAAACAUUUUGCUUGAUGAAGCAGGACAUAUCAAGUUAACAGACUUCGGGCUCAGUAAAGAGUCUGUAGACCAGGAUAAGAAAGCAUACUCCUUCUGCGGCACUGUGGAGUACAUGGCACCUGAGGUGGUCAACAGGCGAGGACACACCCAAAGUGCCGAUUGGUGGUCGCUAGGUGUUCUAAUGUUUGAGAUGCUCACCGGUACGCUGCCCUUCCAGGGCAAGGACAGGAAUGAGACCAUGAACAUGAUUCUGAAGGCAAAGCUGGGCAUGCCGCAGUUUUUAAGCCUCGAGGCUCAAAGUCUUUUGCGAAUGUUGUUCAAACGGAACCCUGCAAAUCGUUUGGGUGCUGGCUCUGACGGCGUGGAAGAAAUCAAGAGGCAUCCUUUCUUUUCAACAAUAGACUGGAAUAAGCUAUAUCGGAGAGAGAUCCAGCCUCCUUUCAAACCUGCUGCUGGGAAGCCAGAUGACACUUUCUGCUUCGACCCAGAGUUCACUGCCAAAACGCCAAAAGACUCCCCCGGCGUGCCCCCCAGUGCCAACGCCCACCAGCUCUUCAAGGGCUUCAGCUUUGUGGCGCCCGCAGCUCUGGAGGAGAGCAAGAACGCCUCUCUGGUUAACAUCCUCCCGAUUGUCCAGCUGCACGCUGGCACGGCGCAGUUCUCCGACAUGUACGAGCUGAAGGAGGACAUUGGCGUGGGCUCCUACUCCAUCUGCAAGCGCUGCGUCCACAGGGUCACUGGCAUGGAGUUCGCUGUCAAGAUAAUCGACAAGAGCAAACGCGACCCUUCGGAGGAGAUUGAGAUUUUAAUGCGGUACGGCCAGCACCCGAACAUCAUCACUCUGAAGGACGCGUACGACGAGGGGCGGUUCGUGUACCUGGUGACGGAGCUCAUGAAGGGCGGGGAGCUGCUGGACAAGAUCCUGCGGCAGAAGUAUUUCUCGGAGCGCGAAGCCAGCGCCGUGCUCUACACCAUCGCCAAGACCGUGGACUACCUGCACUGCCAGGGGGUGGUGCACCGGGAUCUGAAGCCCAGCAACAUCCUGUACAUGGAUGACUCCGGGAAUCCCGACUCCAUCCGGAUCUGCGACUUUGGAUUUGCCAAGCAGCUGCGUGGGGAGAACGGCCUGCUGCUCACCCCCUGCUACACCGCCAACUUCGUCGCCCCAGAGGUGUUGAUGCGGCAGGGCUAUGACGCUGCCUGUGACAUCUGGAGCCUGGGGGUGCUGCUCUACACCAUGUUGGCGGGGUACACGCCCUUCGCCAACGGCCCCAACGACACGCCGGAGGAGAUUCUGCUCCGGAUCGGCAGUGGGAAGUUCUCCCUGAGUGGAGGCAACUGGGACACUGUUUCGGAGACCUCCAAGGACUUGUUGUCCCAUAUGCUUCAUGUAGAUCCACACCAGCGGUACACGGCAGAGCAGGUGCUAAAGCACCCCUGGAUUGCCUGCCGGGACCAGCUGCCCCACUUCCAGCUCACACGGCACGACGCCCCACACCUGGUCAAGGGCGCCAUGGCGGCUACGUACUCUGCACUGAACCACAAGACCUGCCAGCCCGUGCUGGAGCCUGUGGCCGCCUCCAGCCUCGCGCAGCGGCGCAGCAUGAAGAAGCUCACCUCCACGGACUUGUAGUGGAAAACCCCGGGGUGUGUUUGUUUUUUCUGCGGGAGGGGGGAGAAUGGGCGGGCGUUGCGGAUCUCUUUAUUUUCUUCCCCACCCCGCUAUCCUUAAACUCGGCCGUUGCAAAUCCCACUUGUCCUCCUGACCCAGAACUGGUGCCCAUGUGCUCGUCCCGGGGGUCUGAGUUCUCCCGAGCAGGGCAUGCUGCUCCCUCUGCUGUGAGAUCAGAUCCGGGGGAGGCUGCUUUCCCAUUCAGCACAGAGGGAUCCCCGUGCAUUGAUUUUUUUUUUUUAAGGAGCAAGCAUAUGUGAUAGUGCUGGGAAAAACAUCUCCAUUUUCUUUUUUCUUUUCAACACCGUCUCCUUGCCGAGGAACACACCAGCUCUCACUUUCCAUUCACUGUGAUUGGCCACUCUCGGAGCUCCUUCGGCAAACUGCGUGUGGCGUUGAGAGAGAUCGGUAGCGAUCGGGGCAGCCGGGGCCUGUGCCUGGGCCUGCUGUGCUCAGUACGGGAGGGGUGGGCAGCGAGCAUGGGCAGGCACCUGUUUCUGCCCUGGUUCCCACUCUCUCUCUCUCUCUCUCUGUCCCUCGCUAGUUCAUCCCCAAAACCCGAGCGGCAUCUUAGCGAAAAACCACAUCCGGCAGUAAGAAAGUAAUCGCUUGCAUUCGUCAUUCAGGAUUAUUAGUCGGGCACAAGGCCUGAGCUACAAAGGUAUGAAAUAUCCGGAUUGCCCGUAACCCGCAUUCCGUUCCCGAGACCACAGGAGCGGACAGGGAAAACGGUGCGUCUCUUCCUAGCUGGCGCUGUGCGCAGCUCCUGGGAUUGGGAAGAUCCCAGCGCAGGAGCUGCUCCCAGUGAAGCAGUAUAGCUUUGGAGGAUUCCCAUGUAAUAAAUACAGGGCAAUGUUUUUUUUUUCUUUCUUCCAGAAAAUGUUGAAGCACCUAGUUUUGGUUUAAUAUUUUCCAGAUAUAUCUAUAUUUAUUUAUUACAACUUACAAGGUUGCUCACUCUUUUCUUUUGCGUCUUGAGGUUUGCACACAGACAAGGUGAGGCGUUGCUUUUUUUUUUUAACAGAGGUAUUGAGUAUUUUUGUUGUAGCUUCAGAGAUAUAGAUUUUUUUUUUAUUUCCUUGCCUUGAAAAGGUUGUCGUUAUCUUAUGUGGGUGUUUAAAAAAAAAAAAUCAAAACCAGGUCAAGAAGUGUGAAUUGUUACACGGUGAAGUGGCUGUAGGUACGGUUUUAUCCCACGGGGUUAAAGGUCAACAAAUCGGGGGGAUGAUGGGAUACAGGGAAUCCUCAGUGUGAAUACGAAGAGCAGGAAGUCCAGAGGACCUGCCUGCUUCAGCAUCGCGAAUCUCUCUUCGAAGACAUUGUGGAAAUUGUAUCAUAUUGUAUUUAUUUCAUUUAAUUUUUUAAAAUAUAUUUUUCUUUCAAGGUCUGUAUAUAUUGACAUUAAAGAUCAUUAUGGA